AUGCCUCGAACUAGCAUUGAAUCAGAUGCAGCCAGCAAUAUGAGUAUCGAAGACGGAACCCAACGCUCAACAAGUGUAUCAAUGGAUGACCCCGAUGUUCGCCUGGCUGCCGAAGCUCUAUCUGGUCUUGGGAAUCCUGACUUUGCGCCUUCUCCCAAGACACGACCAUCAGCGUCCAAACCCAGUCCUACAAGUGCCUCGGCUUCUUCAAACAAGGACCUCGAACCGCUACUGGAUCUCCUAGUCGACGCCCAUCCUUGGGUCGGAAAUACUGUAAACGGAAGUUUAUCUGCUUACAACGCGACCAAGAACUUCUCACCUCGUAUCGUCCGAUAUGGAGUGCAUCUUGUUGAGCGAAAUGUUGGCUCUCCUGUCGCUAGUACCGUCAGCAACCUUGGUAGACGUACUGGCGUCGAGGGAGGUAUCAGACGAUACCUCGAUAGCAGAAGACCCAGCUCACCAGCCACGGACUCAUCACAUGGAAGUAAACGUCGACGAGUAACGUCGGACGAUAUGGAUGUCGACCGUAUAGAUCCGAGCCUGCAAGAUUCACAGGAGUUCCUCCCUGCAUACCAGGCCAACAAACCACCUUCAUACAGAGAGGAAGUCAGCCCUCAUGGUUCGGAGAGAAGCCGAGGUGUUGAGAGACCUGCUAUCAAUCGAAGCUGGUCAACCAAGAUUUUCAUCUCGACCUCUGCUCUUGGUGUUGCACUUAGCGAUACUUCUUUGCGAAGCCUUCAGUACUGCGUCAAGCUUCUCUCUUCAGCCACUGAACAUGUUGAGAGCGUAAUGAAUGCCUUGAAGAUGGUUCUACACGAGUAUGACCAAUCACAGGAAACAUCACAACAAGACAGGGCAAGACAAGAGAAGGAAAGAGAGGCCGGUAUCGUAAUUGAGAUCAAGAGCGGCAACGAGCGUGACCAGUCUACAGAAAUGCUUGCAAGACGCAUCAAGCAGCUCUGCGACGACAUUUGGCACACUAUCCAGACUGUGGUCAAUUCAGUCUCGACUUAUGCUGGAGGUGCUCUACCCGAGAACGCCCGCAACAUUGUCAAAGGGCAGUUGUUGUCAAUUCCGCAACGAUGGCGAUGCGCCACACAGUCAGCAGAGGCAUCUUCUCCGUCUCAAUCAGCCAUCAAGGCCGAUGGUGGUGAAGACGGCAAGGCAGCUGCAGGUCAGGGUGCAGACGAGAACACUCGCAAAGCAGCCCACCGCAUGAUCGCCUUUGCAACUGAAGGUCUCGACAUGAUGGCUCAAGUCAACAACGUCGUUGGCAUUACUCUACAAAGUGCCGAGAACUGGUUGCAGAGCAUGGGUAGAAACAGUCGUGAGGAGGAGAUGAUGGACGCUGACGACCCCAAGGAGUCAGCUGAGUAG